CUCGCCAUCGCUGUGCGGAGGCGUUCGCUGGUUGCAGUGAUGGCGACUGGAACGCCAGAUUCUCAAGCGCGGUUCGGUCAGUCGGUGAAGGGGCUUCUCACAGAGAAGGUGACCACCUGUGGUACUGACGUAAUCGCGCUCACCAAGCAGGUGCUGAAGGGCUCCCGGAGCUCUGAGCUGCUAGGCCAGGCAGCUCGAAACAUGGUACUACAGGAAGAUGCCAUCUUGCACUCAGAAGAUAGUUUAAGGAAGAUGGCAAUCAUAACAACACAUCUUCAAUACCAUGUUGAACAGUCAUCAGAUCUACAGGACCAGUUGAAUCAUCUGUUGAAAUAGAAUGACAUGGAAGAGUGCUAUAGCGCUCCUUUGCCUAAUGCCGAGGAGUAAAUACCUUCACAACUGUUGUGCUCUGGGUUUGGUUUUCUAUUUUCUUCUCCAAAGUUAAGUUAGAAAAGUUUUGUGUUGAUGUGCAGUUUCUCCUAAAACGAAGCCAGGUGGUUGAAUUUUGGAAGCACUUCUUGAAUUGGACUAACCUAUGCUCUUACUGAAUUUUUUCAGCUGCUUUGUUUAGUUUGAUAUUAAAGCAAAAUUAAAAGAGUUUUCCCAUAGAACUUUUAAUAUGUCAAAAGCUAUAUUGUCAGGCCAGGCAUGGUUGCUCACACCUCUAAUCCCAGCACUUUGG